UUCCACUAUCAACCUCGUAGCUCCCGCCAGUAUGUCGUCACUUCCAGGAAUCCCCUUUCUCCCGGAAGUGUCGCCGUCCUGUGCCCUUUGCACAUGGCUGCUGGUGGUGUGUCAGGCUGUGGGUGUAAAGGGGUCCGUUCCUGCCUGCUGUGUGAGCCCGCAGUCCGGGAGCUGCCCAAGGAGUCAGUCCAGACAAAGUCCUUUAUCUACAUCCCAAAAAAAGGCAUAGCUCUUGGAGUAGAAAACACUAACUCUGCUGGCUGGUGGUUCCCGUUCCCAGGAGUGUGUUUGAUAGAAGAUUUUGUAACAGAAAAUGAGGAAAGAGACAUGGUACACACCAUGGACAUGGAUGAGUGGAGACUCUCACAGUCAGGUCGCAGAAAACAAGAUUUUGGUCCAAAGGUGAACUUUAAGAAACAGAAGAUAAAGGUUGGCAGUUUCACUGGUCUUCCGAAUUUCAGCAAAGUCCUUUGGGAACGAAUGAAGACGCAUACUGUACUAGAAGAGUUUCUGCCUGUAGAACAGUGUAAUCUAGAUUAUAACUCUGACAGAGGAUCUGCUAUUGACCCUCAUUUUGAUGACUCUUGGCUGUGGGGUGAAAGACUGGUUAGUCUGAAUCUUCUUUCAGAUACAGUGCUUACUAUGACAAACUCUUCCACAGAUAUACUGCAGCUCUUAUCUUCUGGAAAUCUAAGUGGCGAGCCAAAUGAAAUCCUUGAUUUAAAUGGUAAAUACAGCAGUCAUCUGAAUAAUGAGCAGUGUGCCCUUCAAGACUUUGCAUCACAUAAUGGAACACAGACCACUCUGGUUCCUUGCUCCGAAGUGGAAGUAGCCAUAUGUUUACCAAGAAGAUCCCUUGUAGUUUUAUACGGAAAGGCACGGUAUAGUUGGAAGCAUGCUAUUCACAGACAACACAUCACGCAGCGGAGAAUUUGCAGCACUUUCAGAGAAUUAUCAGUGGAGUUUAUGCCUGGUGGUAUUCAGGAGAAGCUGGGACAGAUACUGCUGGAGAUAGCCCUUGGUUUCCAGGGAAAUUCAGUUUAA